UAAAUAUAAUUUGUUCUUAAAUAUUAUUAUUUUAUAUAAAUAAUAAAAUUGGAUAAUGAAAAAAAAUUUUCAAAUUAAAUUACAUUUAUUCUAUUGGAACAUAUAUUAUGUUAAGUUAUGAAUGAGAUAUUGCAUUCUAACGUAAACAAUUCAUUUAACGACAAUAAAAAAAUGAUUACUAGAGUGGGUAAGUUAUUGAUUUCUGUGUAGGUGCCAUGUUGGGAGGGAAUACUAUGGUGGGUGUCUUUUGGACAUACCAUACGCAGUAGUCUACAGAGAAUAUAAAUAGGAGGGGUAGUUGCACCAUUGACCCAGUGUUGAGUUGACAUACGGUCAGUUCAGUCACUCGAACGAAAUUCAUUUUACGUCUUUCAAAUUUUAUAUGUGUAUGUAAAUUGUUAAUAACCGUAGUCCUUAUAAAAAGUCCUUAUAAAAUCAACAAUCCAAUGCAAUCCAAAACACUGCCCUUUCUUACUUAUCUUCCAAUUUUACAAUUUUACACCCAAAUUAUCAGCAUGUAUUUAAUAUUUUAAGUAUUCUGCAAACAUUUUUCUAAUAAAAAUUUAAUGGACAUUGGUGAUAUCCAUUAUUGAGUGAAUGUGAAUCUUGUGUUACGAUUUAAUUUAAAAAUAUCAAUGAUAUUGAUAAACCAAUGUGCAACGAUAAUCAGGCCUUAGUAACGGUCAAUCUUAUUAAAGAAAGUAAAUUUUUGAUGACAUAAAUUUUAUAUAUUUGAUUGACAUUUGAUCGAACGACAAAAAUACAAAAUUAAAUUAAAUUUCUUUGUGAGCAAUUUUCAGAUUAUUUUUUUAUUUAAAAAAAUAUGUCAGAAACAGCAGGAAUUUCGCAAGGAUUGGGAAAUCCUUAUAAAAUUGUUGAUCAUACUAGAGAAAAACGAAAGGGAAUCACUGCUUCUUCUUUAAAAGAAUUAAUUAGUAUUGCAAGAAAUCGUUUAUCUUUACCUUUAGAUGCUGAAUUAACAAUUGUUCUAGAACAAGAUGGAACUGAGGUAGAUGAUGAAGAAUAUUUUGCCACAUUAGAAAGAAAUACUAGUUUAAUGGUUCUAUAUGGAAAUCAGAAAUGGGUGGCAGCAGGAAGCAAUAAAGCUGCUUCUCGUUAUAUAGUUGUUGAUGAUGUAGACAAUAUAGAAUGUGGACAAAGAAGAGAUGAAAUUAGAAGGCGUCGACCACCAAUAGAAGCAUUAGUCUCAUCAUUGCAUGGAGAUCCAUCACAUAUAUCAUUACUUGAUGGACAUAAUUUAGAAUUGCUCAGUGAUAUGGAUCCAGAUAGUGUAGCUGAUAUAGUAUCUGGCAAUAUAAUAUUUUUAGAACAAUUAAAAGAGGCUUCUGGCAGAUUCUUGGCUGAAAAACGACAAGCUCAAGGAUCCUUGGAUGUUCUUCAGAUGUGUGCAAGUGGUGGAGAAAUAGAGCGAGCGUAGGCCAUGUGGGGGGUGGGCGCCCUCACAUUGGCUAAUAUGUAUCGUGUCCGACGUCGCAUAUUUUAUAAAGGUCGCCAAUUACAACAAACUUUAAUCCUUUUCUGGAAUUGAGCCCAUCAUUAACAUUUAUAGCGUUUACAAAGUUUAUUACGCUAUCUAUCAUCAUCGUAUUACUCAUAACAAUUGAAUGUUUGCAUUCUUAAUGAAAAUCUUAAGAUUCUUAUGCAAAAAUUUGAAAGCAAUGAAAAAAAAUGAAUAUAGGAACUAAUAAGUUCCUAAUUUUGACGAAUAGUCAAAAUUUAUUUCUGAAAUUUGCAAAUAUUGCUAAAUAUGUGAACAUUUAAAUUUAUUAACAAGAAAGUGGGAAAUCAAUGCUUGAAAUUUAUAAUAUGAGUUAAUAUUAUAAUAAUGAAUAGUUUUAUAUUUCGUUAAUAGUAAUUGUUUUUUGAUGUUAUUUUUUAUAAGUUUAUAGUAUAAAUAUACUUUUCUAGCAUUAUUUAUUUUGUAGAAUAUGACAUGAGGAAUUACUUUAAUGCAAAAUGAGAUCUUAAAUACACAUGCAUAGUUAAAUAUAUGCAAUUUAGCCAUUAAAUAAUCUGAAUGUAUUACAUAAACAAAAGUUAUAUAGAAAUAUCAUGUCAAAGAACACAUUCCGUCACGAUGUUGUCAUAUCACUUAGCAAAAAGGACGACUCGUUUGAUUUAUGAAUUUUUGUAUGUAGAUAUAUUAUAUCAAGAUUUAGUUCAACAAAGAUUGAUGAAAUGUUUAAGACUGAAUUUAUAGAAAAAGAAUGCAUCCUCAUUAUAAUCAUCAAUUCAUUGUACACUAAAUUUAGCAUGAUAAUAAGAAAUAUCAAUAUCAGCUCUUUGAUACCAAAGUCAUGCAUUUGAUAAGAAAAACUGCAAAAAAAAAAAGAAAAUAUACAAGUGUUUCUGAAAAGAUUAUGCAUAUGCAAAAUAAUAUAUAUCAAAAUAAAAUUUGUUAUUAUAUUUAUGUUAUUUAUAUUACUUAUUGCAAGAAGAAAAUCAAAUUUUUAAUGUUCAAAGAUGUUAAUUAUUUAACAUUUACAUAAUUAUAUUUAUUCUAAAUCGUGAAAAAAACAAAAAUGCUUAUGUUUAUUCUUUACAGAAAUACUUUAAACAAAACAUCGUGACAUUCUUUGAUAUAUACCUUAACAUCUGAAUAUUAUAAAAUAAUAUUUACAUUUACUGUCAUUUGGAUAUUUAAAUGCAACGAUCAGCAUAGAUAUAUUAAUAAUUAAUAGCAUCCAAAUGUGUCAGUAAUUACAAAUUUGUUCUGUAUAUAUAUAUAAAAUUUCUAAUGGUCUUUCUUUGUGAAACAUUGAACAAAGUAAUAUUUUACUUAAAUUUUAAGACAUAUUAGAAAACAGUUGAUAUAUUUAAUAGAACUGCCAAUUAAAGAAAACAAUUGAUGCUCAAUAAUAUCCCACCCACCAUGUCCUUUAAAAAUACUGAUUUUUUAAUACUAUAUUUAAUAUAUACUAAAGUAGUAUUGCUAUUAUAAUUAUAAUUAUUAUUAUUAUUAUUAUUAUUAUUAUUAUUAUUAUUAUUAUUAUUAUUAUUAUUAUUAUU